UGUGCGUGGAGAGUAAUGAGCGUUGUCGGCUUCGUUACGAAUAGUUGUUAAAUCACUUUCGUCGAUGGCUGUUGCAGAUAAAGCUUGACAGUAAUGUCCCAGGUAGCCAGUGCACUGGCUGUCUGGGAUAAUACGCUAUAUUUAUUGCAGCGUCGCUUUCGUCCGACGAUUCGAUUUCGGUUGCGACCGGCGCCGCGAAAUGCCACGAGGGGGAUAUGUCAGCCGAGGAAGCCGCCUUGCUGCGACUCUUGCAGACGGCCAUCUCGGAGACGACGGAGGAGAGCGUCGUGUGUACGAAGGAGAUAGCGACUUUACUGGCCAAAUUGAAUCUCGACGCCAAGGCGUUACCCAGCGACAUAAGGGAGGGUUUAGAGAAGGUGGCGUCGAUCCUGAAAGCCGAGAAACUGUUCGAAUUCGACGAGACAGCGCUGCGAGUCGUCAGAGAGCGGAAGAACAUAGAGGAGAAAAGGCGGCAGCGAGAGGAGACGCGGAUGUCCGUGAUGUACGAUAAAUUGUUUGGUAUUUCCACGAGAUUGCAGACGAAGCUGGAUCAUCUUCAACAUGCGGUGGACUCCCUUGAGAGCGACGUUGACGGCACGGAGGAAGACAAGAAUAGCGUCUAUUGCAACAAGGUUUUUCUGUCCAAGAAACUGGAGGAGUACCAGCAGGCCGUGGAGAAAUUGGAGGCGGAUUUGAGCGACAUGCACGUCGACGAACGCUACUCGGAGAAAAUAUUGGACAAGUACAGACUGUAUCUGGAGAGGACGAGCUACUUGGCGGAUCUCAACCAGUCGCUCGUUCAGUACGGCGACUUACCGCCGAGCUUGCUGCAGGCUAAAUUACUGAUAGAAAGCAAGAGAAAGGAGUACGAGGACUUGGAGCGGAUACUCUUGGAAAAGACUCAAUAAGCUCGAGCUUCAACGACGCUUAAGCUCCCCGCAAUCUCGAUAUAUUUUCAGUAUUUGCAAUACUCAUCGUACAGAUGCCUCUAAUUUAAGAAUAAAAGACUGUGUUAAUUAAAAGAAAAAA